AUGGCGUCGCACCGCGGCCCCGGGCCUGAGCAGCGCGGCACGAAGCGGAAGCGUACCGGAGAGGAGCCGGAGCCGACCGCCUUCGGCGACGACAACGACCAGCACGACGCGUCUGCGGCCGAGGCAGACUGCCGCUGCGCAAAGGCACCCGCGCGCAGCUCCGGAUCCCCGGCCUCGGACGUCGGGAUCACCUCGAGCCCCCCUCCACGUGUCGCGCCCGCGGCGAAGGACGACGAAUAUUGGCGGACGCUGUACUCGGGCGAGCUGGACUUCCGGGCCCUGGGGCAGCGGGACCCGGCGUUCCAGGCGGUGCUGAAAGAGAGCAGCAGCGGCGGCGGCGUGCACCUCGACUUCGGGGACCCGGCGGCGCUCGUGCAGCUCACGACGACGCUGCUGCGCGUGGACUUCGGGCUGCGCGUGGAGCUGCCGGCGGACCGGCUGUGCCCGGCGGUGCCGAACCGGCACAGCUACAUCGUGUGGCUCAAGGACCUGCUGGACUCGACGGCGUCGCCGUGGUAUCCGGACGCGCCGCCGGCGGAGAAGAAGGUCGUCGGCCUCGACGUCGGCACCGGCGCCAGCCUCAUCUACCCGCUGCUCGGCUGCGCGCAGCGCCCGGACUGGUCCUUCGUCGCGACCGACGUCGACGCGGCGUCGCUGCGCAGCGCGCGCCGGAACCUCGACCUCAACCCGGCGCUGCGGCCGCGCAUCCGCAUCGUCGACCGCGGGACUCCCCCCGCCGCCGCCGCCGCCGCCCGCCCCCUCGUCCCGCUCGACGAGCUCGGCCUCGACGCCCUCGACUUCGUCAUGACGAACCCGCCGUUCUACGCGUCGGCCGCCGAGCUCGCCGCGCUCGCCGCGCGCAAGGACCGCCCGCCCAGCGGCGCGUGCACCGGCGCGCCCGUCGAGAUGGUGUACCCCGGCCCCGGCCCCGGCCCCGGCGGCAUCGACGAUCUGGCGGCCGCCGGAGGCGAGGUCGACUUCGUCGGCCGCCUGCUCGACGAGUCGCUCGCGCUGCGCGGCCGCGUGCGCUGGUACACGGCGAUGCUGGGGCGCCUGUCGAGCGUCGAGGCGCUGGUGGCGGCGCUGCGGCGCCGCGGCGUCGCUAACUACGCGCUCGCGACGUUCUCGCCCGGCGCGCGCACGCGCCGCUGGGCGCUCGCCUGGAGCUUCGGCGCCGCGCGGCCCUGCGCCCGCGCCGCCCGCGCCGCCGCCGGCCUCCUGCCCCCCGGCAAGCGCGCGCUGCUGCCGCCGCCGCCGGAAGCGACCCUCGCGACGCGGCCGGGGGGCGCGGGCGCCCGGGCGCGCCUCGCGCGCCGCCUGCGCGCCGCCCUCGCGCCGCUCCGCCUCGCCGCCUGGACCUGGGACGCGCGCCGCGCCCGCGGCGUCGGCUACGCGGCGGCCAACGUGUGGGGGCGCGCGCACCGCCGGCGCAGGGAGAGGGCGGGCGGUGCCGUCCGCGGCAAUAGCAACGACAACGACGACGACGACGUCGCGCCUCCCCGCGCGCCCGAGCACCCGUCCGAGUGCGCGCUCGGCUUCUCGGUCGCGGUGGCGCGCGGCGCGGGCGGCGAGGAGGUGGCGGCGGCGGUGGCGCGCUGGGUGCAGGGCUACGACCACGCGCUGUUCGAGAGCUUCGCGGAGUACGUGCGCCGGGCGCUGGCGGCGGGCGAGGGGGAGGGUGGUGGCGAGGGCGGACAAGUCGACGAGGGGACGGAGGGGUCGUGUGCGUGA